AUGCUUCGAGUUAUUGAGGUUCUAUGCCAAGGGAUCAAAGAUUAUUUUAUUAAUUUCUUUCCAAAAGGAAUUCCUAAAAAGAAGUUAUUUCCAUUAUUGUUGAUGUUGUUAAUUGAAGGAAUUUCUCAAAACAUUCUUAAUGCAUAUGUAGGAUAUCUUAUUGUUGAUAUGGGGACUGUUUCUUCCUUAAAUGAAGUGGGGAAUUACAGUGGAUGGUUAAUAAGUUCAUUUUCAAUUGCACAAUUUACAAGUUCAUUUAUAAUUGGUGCACUCUCAGAUAACUUAGGAAGAAGACCUAUGUUAAUGGUAGGAACAUUUGGUAUUGCAAUUUCAAAUAUCCUCUUUGGGUUUUCAUUUAAUUAUUACUUUGUUGUUGCAAUGAGACUUUUAAAUGGAAUGUUAAAUGGUACUGUAGGUAUUGUUAAAGCUUAUAUGGGUGAAAUAACUGAUGAUUCAAAUAGAGUUCAGGCAUUUAGUUUUAAUGGAUUAACAUGGUCUAUCGGCUCAGUUAUAGGAAGUUUUCUUGGAGGAGUUCUUUAUGACCCAGUGAAUAAAUACCCAGCAAUUUUUGGUAAAAUAACAAUUUUUAAAAGAUUUCCUGCAUUAUUACCACAAUUGUCUGUUGCUUCAUUUGGUUUUAUAGCAUUAAUUCUUGCAUAUUUUUAUUUAUUAGAAAAUAAUGUUAUAAAACAUGAACAAAAACAAGAACAUCAAAACAAAUGUUUGUCUAUCCUUAACUCUCUAAAAAAUACAUUUAAGAGAAUGUUUAAAUUCUUUAAUAAAAAGAAUUUUUGGAGUAUUUAUUGUUCUAUUCUUUAUUCAAUUCAUGGAUUUGGAAAUACUACAUUUAUGACAAUUUAUCCUUUACUUAUGAUCGCUUCAGUUGGAAAUGGUGGUUUUGGUUUAAAAACAAAUGAGGUUGGUUAUUUUGCUGCUGUUGCUAGUCUGGGAAGUUUAACAACUCUACUUUUCUUUUAUAAACCAUUAGUACGUAUAUUUGGACUUCGUUUAACAUAUGUUAUGACUAUUAUAUGUACUUCUAUGUUUUAUGGAAUUUUCCCUUCAUUAGAAGGAUUUAAUGGUUCUUCAUUAACAAUUAAAUGGGUAGUUUAUAGUGCCUUUUCUUUCUGUUGGAACCUUGUAACUCAAAAUGGAUUUAGUUCAAUUUCAACACUUCUUGUCAAUGCUGCUGAUGUUGAAUAUAUGGGGUCUGCAAAUGGAAUUGCUCAAACAUUUGUUUCCGCAACUCGAGUACUUGGUCCAAUUAUAAUUUCUCCUUUGUUGUCUUGGGGACUAUCAAAUGAAUUUUCAUAUCCAUUGAAUCAAUACCUUCCAUUCUACAUUCUUAUGAUAGUGGGAGUUAUUAAUUCAAUAAUGAUGUUAUUCACACCUUCAUCCAUUGAUUUUGUAAAGACACAAAAUGAAAGUAACAAUCAACAAGAAAUUACUUACACUGAAUUAGAUGAAGAAAAAUCUGAAAGUGAAAAUAGACAAUCUCUUGACAUUAUCACCCCAAUAACUCAAAUAAAUAUAAUCCAUUCUCAAAACGAAUCAAUAACCCCACAACUUGAACCUCAUACUGACGCUGUUAUUUAA